AUGAAGAAGAGCAACAAAGAUAUCUCCUCUUCAGCAUCCCUAAAAAAUUGUCAAGAAGGAGGAGGGGGUUCUUCUUUCUUUAAUACAUCUUUAAAGUAUGUAUUAUCAGCGUGUCUGGCUUCAUUUAUAUUUGGAUACCAAGUUAGUGUAUUAAAUACCAUUAAAAAUUUUAUUAUAGUUGAAUUUGGAUGGUGUGAAAAUGACAAAUUUGGAUGUGAUGAAAGUACAUUAAAAAGUUCUUUCCUUUUAGCAUCAGUAUUUAUAGGAGCAGUUGCUGGAAGUGGCUGUUCAGGAUUUUUAGUACAAUAUGGAAGAAGGCUCUCUUUAUUAAUUAUUUAUAAUUUCUUCAUUUUAGUGAGUAUAUUGACAUCUAUUACUCAUCAUUUUCAUACUAUUUUAUUUUCACGGUUGUUAAGUGGGUUUGGAAUUGGAUUAAUCACUGUAAGUGUACCUAUGUAUAUUUCAGAAAUGACUCAUAAGGAUAAGAAAGGAGCAUACGGUGUACUACACCAAUUGUUUAUCACAUUUGGGAUUUUUAUAGCAGUUUUGUUAGGAAUGGCAAUGGGUGAAUGUCCAGAGGAUAAAUCAAAAGGUACACUAAGUACUUUUCAAGGAGUAUGGUGGAGAUUAAUGUUUUUUUUUCCAAGCAUUAUAUCUAUUUUGGGAAUAUUUUUAUUAGUUGUAUUUUUUAAAGAAGAAACUCCAUACUUUUUAUUCGAAAAUGGAAAAGUAGAAGAAUCUAAAAAAAUUUUAAAGAAAAUAUAUGGAACAGAUAACAUAGAUGAACCAUUGAAAGCAAUUAAAGAUGCAGUUGAUCAAAAUGAGAAAGCAAAGAAGAAUUCUAUCUCUUUACUAAGAGCAUUACAAAUUCCAUCAUAUCGAUAUGUUAUACUAUUGGGUUGUAUUUUAUCUGGCCUUCAACAAUUUACAGGGAUAAAUGUUUUAGUUUCAAAUUCAAAUGAAUUAUAUAAAGAAUUUUUAAGCACCAAAUUAAUAACCACUUUGAGUGUUAUCAUGACAGUUGUUAAUUUCUUGAUGACAUUUCCAGCUAUAUACAUUGUUGAAAAAUUGGGAAGAAAAACUUUAUUACUUUGUGGUUGUGCAGGUAUAGUAUGUGCAUUUUUACCAACAGCUAUAGCUAACUCUAUUGACAAAACUUCGGACUUUGUAAAAUAUCUCUCUAUAAGUGCAACAUUUGUUAUGAUAAUUUCAUUUGCUGUUUCUUAUGGGCCAGUACUAUGGAUAUAUUUACACGAAAUGUUUCCUUCUGAAAUAAAAGACAGUGCAGCUAGCUUAGCAUCCUUAAUUAACUGGGUCUGCGCCAUUGUUGUCGUGUUCCCUUCAGACAUAAUUAUUAAGAAAUCUCCCACGAUUCUCUUUUUCAUCUUUUCGUUUAUGUCAAUUUUGUCAUUUUUGUUUAUUCUAUUUUUCAUCAAGGAGACCAAGGGUGGUGAAAUUGGAACUAGUCCGUACGUAUCUCUUCAGGACAGGCAAGAAAAUAUGGGAAAGGCCGUGGUCUGA